GUGCAGUGCUCGUCGUUGUUAAAAUUCACAGCUUACGUUUCCUCCAGCCUUUAUUAGCCGAUUUCAACUUAGCAAUGUUCUUGUCACUUCUCUGGCACCGGACAGAAGCUGCCAGCAUGAAGCUUCCAGUGGCGAUUCUCGCAGUUUUUGCAUCAAUAGCUGUCACUGUCGACAGCACCGUCUACUUCAAGGAACAGUUUCUGGAUGGAGAUGGAUGGAAGAGCCGGUGGGUCGAGUCGAAGCACAAGUCAGACUAUGGCCAGUGGAAACUGAGCGCUGGGAAGUUCUAUGGAGAUGCUGAGGCUGAUAAAGGUAUCCAGACCAGCCAGGACGCCCGCUUUUACGCCCUGUCAGCCAGCUUUGAGCCUUUUAGCAAUGAGGGAAAACCCCUGGUCAUCCAGUUCACUGUCAAGCACGAGCAGAAGAUUGACUGCGGAGGCGGCUACGUCAAGAUCUUCCCCUCCAACCUUGACCAAAGCAACAUGCACGGAGACUCACAGUAUUACAUCAUGUUUGGGCCUGACAUCUGUGGAUACAGCACAAAGAAGGUUCAUGUGAUCUUUAACUACAAGGGCCAGAACCACCUCAUCAAGAAAGAUAUCAAAUGCAAGGAUGAUGAGCUGUCCAACUUGUACACACUGAUUCUGAGUCCAGACCAGACAUAUGAGGUGAAGAUCAACAAUGAGAAGGUGGAGUCUGGUUCCCUGGAGGAUGACUGGGAUAUGCUGCCCCCAAAGAAGAUCAAGGACCCAGAGGCCAAGAAACCCAGUGACUGGGACGACAGAGCCAAGAUCGACGAUCCCAAUGACACCAAGCCUGAGGACUGGGACAAGCCAGAGACCAUCCCUGACCCUGAUGCCAAGAAGCCUGACGACUGGGACGAGGACAUGGACGGAGAGUGGGAACCUCCUAUGAUCACCAACCCAGAGUAUAAGGGUGAGUGGAAACCCAAGCAGAUUGACAACCCUGACUACAAGGGAUCUUGGGUCCACCCUGAGAUCGACAACCCAGAGUACACUCAUGACCCCACGAUGUACAAGUUUGAUAAGGUUGGCGUGCUGGGCCUGGAUCUGUGGCAGGUUAAAUCUGGCACCAUCUUUGACAACUUCCUGAUCACUGAUGAUGUCAAAGAAGCUGAGGAGUUUGGGAUGAAAACCUGGGGGGCUACUAAGGAACCAGAGAAGAAGAUGAAGGAGGAGCAGGACGACAUGGAGAGGAAACUGAAGGAGGAGGAGGAGAAGAGCAAGAAAGGCACUGAAGGUGAGGAAGAGGAGGAGGAGGAGGAGGAGGAGGAGGAGGAGGAGGAAGAUGGUGAGAAUGAGGAUGCAGAGGAAGAAGGCGAGCAUGACGAGGACACUGACAAGGAGGUUGGGACAGAAGAAGAGGACGCCAACCCGAAGGAUGAGUUGUAGAGGAAAGACCCAGCUGACUGCUGUGUGCGUCUCUACAGGUUCAGACUCAUGACAAACAUCACUGAAAGCCUGAUGGACUCUGGCCUUUCUAACAGCAGCCUUUUAUUCAGGUGUAGAGGCGGGGGAAGGGUGGAAGGUGGGGUCAGGUCAGAUUUAUUUUUUUAUCGAUUCCCUCACUUUUUUCUUUCAAAUUAGAAAUGAGAGAAGGGUUUACAUGUCGUUUCUGUUUUUCUUUCUGUUUGUGUGUCUGCUUUGGUUGAGAAUUUACUAAUUUAAUGUGAUUUACUGAAUGUGGUCUGCCCCGUGGUGUGUGUGCAUCCUGCAGUUAGUCACAGAGCCACUUCAUUUUUAUUUUUUUUUAUUGCCUUUGUCAGGAUGUCCAUAAAUUGAGGGUCUGUGGUCUCUGGUUCAUGCACUUUUAUUUCUCCUGUGUGAUGUAGUACUGUUAAAUUUUAAUUGAUCCCCUUCCUAAUUUAUUAAGUCAUUACUUUCAUUCCAUGGAAACGUCAGUUCCCAAAGCUCUGAUUUUGGACAUGCACCCUUCCUCCAACUCUGUGUGUUUAAGAGUGAGAGACAAAAACAAACUGUGAUUUUUACAAUCCUCAUUUUGUCAUUGUUCUGAAUGAGUGACUGUCCCGUGGGUGAACACUGUUUUUGAGUUUUAGUGAAUAAAUUAAAGCUUCUCUCAACAAGCUGACACCUGUUUUCAAUGGCAGUGGUAGUUGUGGAUGAGUGAACGUUAGCCUUAUUUCAGUGUGGAGGGAAGGAGGUAUUUAUUGUGUGAUUGAAUGGGGGUCUUAACAAACAUAUGCUGUCUACCUAUAUUUCUACUGGGGUGGGGCAUUUUAAAAUGUUCAGUAUCUGUACCAAUAUGAUAUCUGAGUUUCAGUGCAGAUAACCAGAACAAUGUUUUUUCAAUACCUCACUUUCAGGAAUAUACUGUAAACAAGCUCAAACCCCAGAAAACUGACAAGAUAAUUUCAACUCAUGGUUCAUUGCCAGCUUUUUCCAAGUUUGCAACCACAUCCCAUAGCCUUCAUCAGCAAAUUCAAGUUGGCUCAGCUGUCAUCACUUGAUCUAAGUAUGGGACCUAACUUACAUGCUAAUAGAUUCGUAUGGGGGAAGAUUGUAACCCUCUGGCAACUAUCUCUGUAGAAAGAUGGUCUCUGGCAUUGGAUGUGAAUGUCCUCCUUGAUCUUUCUCUGGCCAUCCAGUGACUUAAUCGCCUUGUUUUGAUUUAACAAACUAAGCCAAAAGGCACAAUGCACCUGAGAUACAAGAAGAGCAUGGUUCAGUGGAGCUAAAGACAGAUUGAAAUCAGAAACUUUAGCAUAGUUGUUAAUUGAAAACUUUUCGAUACUUGAUACUUUUACCACAUUUUGGCCAGCAUUCAAAAAGUCUUGAGGUUAAAAAAUUUUAGAAGCUUUUCCUAAGUUUGUGGCACAACAUACAGUAAAGCCACAAGUCUGUGGAGUGUGACCAAAGUUAACAAUCAAGCCUGUAUUUGUUGUCCUGGUUGUUUGAGUUUGUUGUCCUUUGUUAGACUUCAUAAAUUCAUGAUGCAGAACGAUCUAGAAAGAAGAAGCUUGUGUGCUGUGCUUUCCUGCAGUGCCUCUUGUACGCUUGGCUCUACCACUUAGAGCAUGUAUAUGAGGAUGCCACAAUACAAAGAGCACAGUCAUUAAAAGGGCAAGUUUAGGUUUCAACCUAAUUAUCUGCUACAGCGGACACCUGCCAGAGCCAACAUGAGCCAGUACUGUCAGAAAUCUACAAUACCUUAAGACUGGUGACAAAUUCAGAACAUCAGUAACUCAGGAGAAGUUUGGUUAUGAGCACGUCCACCACUAUUUAGUGAAUCUGCUGCUAAAAAUAUGUGCAUAAUAUCCCCUGGCUCAAGAGAAGCUUUGCCAAGUCUGAGAAAAAUGAUACCGACAAUGUCACAGUGAAGCCACCUGUUGAAAGGAAGCUAUUGGUUGCAUGAUGAAAAAUGUAGAAAGCUGUGUUUUUUGUUUGUUUCAAAUAUGUCAUAUGGUUUGCUGAUUAAGAUGAUCUGUAUAUUUGCUCAUAUUGUAAAAUGAUUAAAAUUACGAAUCAUU